UUAGGUUGAGUACGUUUCCUCGCAACCAUCACGGAUUGGAUUCAACUCAACUCGACUCAACUCAACUCACACUCACAAAACGUGAAGCAAAAUCUUUCCAAGAAACUGUGAGAAGAAAAAGAACAAAUUUGAGAAACAACCAUGAGAGUUUUAGCCACUCUUGUCGCCUUUGCACAUGUCUGGUGCAAUGCCGCUGCUUCGAGCUGCUUCUCUGUGAGUGAGGGGUCCUUCGGUGGGUCCUUGAGUCGGCCCUACAGCAUCGACAUUACCAGUGGUGCUACCGAAAUAACGUGCGUCCUCUCCUGUACCAGCGCCAACAGCGUUUACGGAACAUUGUCAGCCAACGGCCUCACCAAUUCAAACUCGGAUUGCGGUGCGUCAAUCAAUAUCAACAACGUUGGAAGCGAUACCAAUGCACAGCUUUUCCUUUACGCAGACACCUACCAAGAUCUUUCUGUUGAUUGCGCUUGCGUGGACACGAGCACUCCAGCUCCAACUCCAACCCUGGGAUGCUUUUCGGGCGAAACUUUGGUGCAGCGUUCCGACCAUCCCGAGCCAAUCCAGAUGAAACAUCUCAAGGUCGGCGAUGCUGUCCUGGCCAAGUCUGGUGUCUACAAGCGUGUCUAUGCCUGGGGACACAUCGAUCGCAAGCUCCCCGCUUCAUUCCUUCAGUUGCACAUGGCGGAUGCACCCACGCCUUUGGAGGUCACCGGGGAUCACAUGGUGUAUGUCAAUGGAAAAGCCGGUCCAAUCCGGGCGGAGGUUGUCAACAUUGGAGACGAGCUACUCGGAAGCACACCAGGCAAAUUCCACGAGGUAACAAAGAUCACUUCCAAAGAACGAAGCGGUGUGUUCUAUCCAUUGACGGAAGACGGGACCAUUGUUGUGAAUGGAGUUUUGGCAUCCACGUAUGUGGACAUUCAGCGAGACGGAAACGAGUACAUGCGAUUGGGUCGAUUCCAACUUCCCUUUACCAAAGGUUUCUUGUCCCAUGUGUUUUACAGUCCGCUCCGUCUGUGGUGCCUGGGCGUUGCGGCUGGGAUUUGUGAAGGUCGUGACCACAUCGAUGGUGCGAAUUUUUGGGACAGCCUUGGCUCCAAUCUCGAUGAGUUGGCAGAGAACCAAGAGUCACUUCAUGGCCAGCUCGUUGUGUAUUUGUUGACCAUUGUUGUACCAGCCAUGUCCAUGACCAUUGAGUUUGCAGUUGGCCCCUCGCUGGCUCCCCUGCUUAUUCUUCUUGGUUGCGUUGCAGUGCUGUCUUGGGGCAACACUGGGGCUGCUGGAAGGGCAGGAAAACGCAAGGUGGCUUGAGGAGAAGGUGGCUUGAGGAGAAGACGAGACUAGAAAGUUAGUUGCAAUACUACUAGAGUAGUGCUUCUAUGAUAAUUUAAAAAUUGAAAGGUGUGGUUUUGU